AUGGCAGACCAGCACGUCCGGACGGAAGUAGACGAGAAGGUCGAGCUCAAUGAGACCGAACUUGUGCACAUGAAUAACGAGAUAAUCGAUCAUGAUCGCAGCACUUUUCUCCCAUUGCCCUCAAACGACCCAAAAGAUCCUCUGAAUUGGCCCAUGACUUUGAAGGUUGGUGUCCUUAUCCAAGUUUGUUUGCUUGCGGCGCUAGGGACGUUGAAUACGUCUAUCAUCAACCCGGCAUACACACCCCUAGCCAAGGAAUUCGACAUCACCACGGUUAGAGCAUCAUACCAAACGACAGUUGUGAUAGCCCUCAAUGGUGUCGGACCAUUCCUUUGGAUCCCGCUGGCGAAUGUUUACGGUCGUCGACCAAUAUACAUCUUCACGACGCUGCUUGGAUUUGCCUCGGCAUUGGGAUCCGCAUACGCCAGAAACUAUGGCCAACUUUUGGGCGCACGGGUCUUCAACGGCUUUUUCCCAGCCGCUAUGGCACUAGGUCCAUCGACGAUCGUUGAUCUGUUCUUCUUCCACCAACGCGGCCGUGCCAUGGGUGGUUUUACUGUCGUCAUGACCACGGGUGCGCAUAUUGCCCCUAUCAUCGGUGGUCUAAUUGGACAAUAUCUUGGAUGGCGCUGGACAUUUAAGUUUGCCGCAAUACUUGAUGGUGUAAUGUUUCUUAUCAUCUUGAUUGCUCUGCCAGAGACGCUCUACAUCCGCGAUUCUACCAACCUCACCCGCACCGUCGAGGAACGCGAGGUCCAGCUUGGUGCCAAAACCUAUUUGACCCGCCUCAAGCCUUACACACGAUUCCCGGACCUGAAGCUCCACUUGAACGAUUUCGUCUGGCCAGCGUUGAGAAUGGCCAAAUACCCUUCAGUCUUAUUCCCAGCCAUCUACUAUUCCGCACAGUAUGGCUUCGGCUCUAUUCUUCCUGCCGUCACGGUCGCAACAAUCUUCCGCGAGAGAUUUAACUGGGACACUCUCGAGAUCGGCCUGGCAUAUGGAGGUGCUCUUACCAUCGGCGGUGUGCUAGGAGAACUUGUAUCGGGCGUGGUUCUUGACACCAUUCUCGCUAUCUAA